CCGACACUUCACAGUGCACUUUAUUAAAGACAACCACUUUCAAUGAGGACACAUUGAGCAUUUCAAACUUAUAAUAUCAAAUAUUAAGAUACUACUAUUUCCAUUAUUCCUAAAUUCGAGCUUAGAGGGAAUACAAUCACCACUUCCAUCAUCUAGUUCGAGAUAUGUGAGGUCUACCGAAAUAUGGCUUCUGUCGAGCUCCCUCAAUUCACGUAACCAGCCUCCAUAUUGGUGCCUCCCAGCCUAUGAAGCGGCCUGCGGCGGAUGUAUGCACCCUAAAUGGGCUUAUAUAGGAUUCUGGAACAAUGUCGCAGUACUCAUCUUCGAAAAUGGAUAGACCAGAACCGGGCUUAAUCAAAUGGUCACCAAAUCCAGCCUAUGACACCUUUCUACACGUUAACUUGCAGCAUCGGGUCGUACAACUCUAUGAACCCACAGGCCUUGCACAACCAGGAACUUUUCAUCAUGAGAAGUCAUCGAAAUAUGACGAAAUUCCUCCACUGACCACGUAUGACUGGUCACCCGCUUAUCCUGGGCUUGUUGCCAUCGGAACGGCGAGUGGUGCCGUGGAGCUCAUAAACCUCCAUGGCGAUCCAAGUUCUCAUUUGGAGCUCCCCAUUAGGAUCACUCGUACUUGUCAGGCGGUAGCUUUCAACACGGGAGCUUUACUAGCUGUGGGACUAGAACGAGUGCGAAAUGAUCAAUGUCUAAAGAUAUUCGAUGUAACUCGAAUCGCGACGUUAGAUCCUAGUGUUUCAUGGGCAUCACUUGAAGGCUCCAUGAAUCCGCGGAUUGGACUAGAAGCUAGUAUUUCUAUAUCAAGUACGAAGUUCUUCGAAGACAGUCCACAAGUGCUUGUUGCCGGGAUAAAAAAUCAGGGAAUUCGUAUAUAUGAUCUCCGAGAUCCACAAGGUGCAGUGAUCAAUUACCAGACUAAGUGUAACAACAAUUUGGCAAUUGAUUAUUCGGACCAAAACUACUUCGCUUCAUCUUCUCUGGAUAAGCCAGGUCUGGUGAUAUGGGAUCGUCGCGCAACUUCACGGCAGUCUUCGUCCCGCUUCUAUCUCGAUGCCGUCGAUACAGACGAUUUGCCCUGGGGAGCUUCCCUCAAUGUUGAAAGGGCGAUUGAUGUGAAAGAUGCUAACUUCCAAGAUAGGGGCUCGUUGAUAAGGUCGCUACGGUUCUGUAGGGAUCGUAGUGGCUUAAUAGCUGUCUUGUCCAGAACCGGCCAGCUCAAGGUCUUGGAUAUCAAGAAAGAAUAUAUUCCCGCUGAGGUGCGAAAGGAUAGCCCAGAACUCCUCGAAGUCAGGAAAUCAUAUGAGCUAGAUAUGGAAUAUUCGAAAGACCGAAAAGAUGACAAAAUCGUUUCAUUCGACUGGGUCAACCUUGACUCUCCUGCGCUUACGCCGCGAGCAAUAGUCUUACGUGCCAAUGGUGCCUUUGAUAUUCUGGAAAAGCCAUCUUAUACUUCGGAACAUAUAUAUAAGAUGGUACCUUGGCGAGCACCUCAUCGUGGACUUGAAGGAGGCAGCAGCUAUCAUACCUUGAUGCAAUUCGAACCGACACAAUAUCCCGAGAUGGUAGGCCCACUAAACGUCGACCAGGCAUUCAAAGAUAAGCCCCUAUUCGGAAGUAAUAAAGAGCCUGUCAAUUCGAUAAUACAGCAUGCACUAUUAUUUUCCGCACCUACGGCUGAUCCCAUUUGCGAUUCGGAGGCAAGCACCGAAAAGCUACCGGAGCCUUUAGCCAACACUUCAAAAAUAGCAGAGAAGUUGCGAAAUCUAAGAAAAUAUUCUAAGGAAGCUUUGGAAACCUCAAAACAACAGUCAGAUAAGGCGCAGGCGCAGCCAGCUAUAAAAGAACUUGACCAGUCAUUAACCGACUUAUCCAUAAAAGGCAAUGGUCUACCAUCAAAUCGUCAGCUACAUGAAAGGUUACUUGUAUCAACAUUGAACACGAAAGGGUUUCCUAAAGAAGCACAGGUUAUUCUUGACCAUGCUAUGCUUCUCCGCUCUAAAGAGAAAUAUCUAUUUGACUAUACCGCAAAUAGGGAUAUAGUAUCUGACGAUCCUUGGCUAAAGGAAUUAUGGGAUUGGGUUGCUGGAGCCGAUGGGGCUACCAAUGAUAUGGGAAUGGUAGCACAAGGCAUUGACUUGGGCUACUUAGGAGUUUGUAAUGUGUGGACGGGGGAUCUAGGGCAUGAUUACUCUGUCAGAUUGGCGGAGGGGACAAGACAACCAGAUGAUUUAGCAUGGGAUCGUUGCCUACAGGAAAUAAAUAAAAGGUCCAGACAGGCAACGUAUAAUGGUGUCGGGACGAAAAAGAGAGCACACCGCGAAAUGGCGCUGCGCAUUUGUGGAUGGGGUAGAUCGCCCGAAGCUCAUUUUAGCGAUUAUGCGAAAAUGCAGCCUUCCGAGAGGAACUCAUCGUGGUAUACCAUGGCAACUGCUCGAGCCCUGUUUGGGGGCGAUUUUCAAGGGGCUGUUCAGCUUCUUAAACGAGCUGGCACUGAAUACCCGGAGCUCUUAUUCGUCUCCUUAGCGCUGCAACUCAAAGGCCCAGGUAACAAAAGCCUAGGAAAGGAUCAACUGGAUUUCGAUGACGCUGUUGCUUCUAAAACCGACCCGUACCUUCGUGCGAUAUCAUCACUUAUUGCAACGAACGAUUGGGAAAAUAUUGCAAAUCAGGAGUCACUUCCACUCCGUGAGCGCACAUUUGUAGCGCUAAGGUAUUUUGACGAUACUAAGCUUACUCAAUGGCUCAAUAAAGAGCUUAACAAGGCGAUAGAAACAGGUGACAUCGAAGGAAUUGUAUUCACGGGGAUUACAGACAAGCUGGUCGACAUAUUUGCGAAGUACAUCGAGAAGUUCAACGAUGUACAGACUGCUACUCUGGUCCUAUCGAUAUGCGCCCCACGAUAUAUCAACGAUUACCGAUGUCGCACAUGGCGUAACGCAUAUAGAGCCUAUCUCCAGCGACACAAGGCUUUUAUGCAACGAACCAAAUUCGAAGUAGAAAGCACGAAGAAGAGUAAACGAGGCGGUGUCCCCACCAUUACUCCCCCUUCCCGGCAAAUUGCUCUUCGCUGCGUAUUCUGCGAUGCGGAGUACGAACUUUCUAAAACCGGAGCCGGCGCACCGAUGCCCUCCUCAAAGGGUCAGACUAACCCGCUAACGCCCACGCUCGUCAGCGCCGGUGUCAGUUGUCCGAACUGCGGACGCCAUCUGCCGCGAUGUGUCGUGUGUCUGGAAAUUGUCGGUGUCCCGCGCUCGGAUCGACCCGAAGCGUCGCCUGAUCCGCAGGUUAGAGUUGCUGCGAGAUUUCCGACGUUUUGUUUGAAAUGUGAGCAUGUACUGCAUCUAGAUCAUGCUAGGUUGUGGUUCGCGAGACAUGUUGAAUGUCCGGUCCCCGAGUGCAGGUGUAGGUGUAAUUUUAGGGCGAAUCCGGAGUUGAAUUAUCGGUGAGUUGUUGGUAGGGGUUGAGGGAAGGUUGAGGGACUUGAAGUGGGUGUUGCGAAAGUGGUAGGGAGUGGAUGAUGCGUUCGAGUUGCGUUUCUAUUGAGUAUGAACUGAGUCUAGUCUUAGAAGCACUGAUUUUGAAUGAACGUGUGUAUGGUUAAGAAAGUUGUACGAAGACCAAUGGUAUCGCGUUUGACUUCUUCUGGGUUAGGGACUCACAGGCUUGUUUUGAAUUACGAAUGUCAUAUUAUUCAUAUUUCCAAUACCUCGCUUCACCUGGACAGAU